UGGCCCGCGGCUGCCAGAUUCGCGCCCGCUGCACAGCCGCCGCAGACUCCCAGAACGAGAGCAGAGACACGACUCGCUGCCCAACCCCUCUUUCUUCCCGCCGGAUUGACGGAAUCGAUCGCUCCGCUCCCACCGGCCACCACCACUCCACCGCACCACGGUAUCGAUUCCCGCGCCGGCCGGCCGCCCGCAUCCACCGCACAAAACCCUAGCCAUCGCCCCCACCCUUCACCCGCCACCACCAUAAACCCCGUGCUCCCCGCCUCGUAUAUGCUCGCUGUCCCCUUCUCCUGCCUCCGCAUUGCGCGAAACCCCAUCCGCGUCCGCCUUCUCCACCCCGUCUCCGCUGCUCGCGUCACCCGUCUCGCCAUGUCGACCACGCCGCCGCUGGCGGCGGCUACCAUAUCCGUCGAGUAUGCCAAGUCCGGGCGCUCAACCUGCAAGGGGUGCAGCGGGGCCAUCGCCUCAGGGGCGCUCCGCCUCGGCGCCUCUGCGCGCGACCCCCGUGGCUUCGACGCCACCAAGUGGUACCACGUCUCCUGCUUACCCUCCUUGUCGCACCCGCUCGGCCCCAUCGAGAGUAUCAAGGGGUUCGACUCCAUCAAGGACCAUGAUCGUGAGGAAUUGCGAAAGCUAGAGAAGAAUCAUAAAAGAGACAAUACUGCAGUCAGUCCUUUAGAGGAACCAAGUCCAAAGAAAGCAAGGAUUCAGAUGUCUUCCCCUGCGGAGGGGGUGCCAGAUAAGGUAACCAUCUCUGUUGAGUAUGCGAAGUCUGGCCGCUCUACCUGCAAGGGCUGCAACGAAAAUAUUGCCAAAGGUGCCCUCCGCCUUGGUGCCUCUUUUCCUGAUCCCCGUGGCUAUGAAAAUAACAAGUGGUACCAUGUUGCGUGCUUCCCUACAUCGUCAUACCCAUUAUUUCCAAUGGAGAAUCUGAAGGGGUUUGAUUCAAUCAAGGAUCAUGACCGUGACAAGUUGCGCAAGUUGGAGGAGAAUCGCAAGAGCGAUGGAAAUGUGGCUGAUGUAUUGAAUGAGUCAAAUCUGAAGAAAGAAAUGGCUCAGAGCAUGGAGGACUCAAAAGAAGGUGCUGAAAAGGAUCCAGAAGGAAUAAAGAAUCAUAAAAGAGACAAGACUGCAGGCAGCCCUUUGGAGGAACCAAGUCCAAAGAAAGCAAGGAUUUCUGCGGAGGGGGUGCCAGACAAGGUAACCAUCUCUGUUGAGUAUGCGAAGUCUGGCCGCUCUACCUGCAAGGGCUGCAACGAGAAUAUUGCCAAAGGGGCCCUCCGCCUUGGUGCCUCUUUUCCUGAUCCCCGUGGCUAUGAAAAUAACAAGUGGUACCAUGUUGCGUGCUUCCCUACAUCAUCAUACCCAUUAUUUCCAAUGGAGAAUCUGAAGGGCUUUGAUUCAAUCGAGGAUCAUGACCGUGACAAGUUGCGCAAGUUGGAGGAGAAUCACAAGAGUGGUGGGAAUGUGGCUGAUGAAUCGAAUGAGUCAAAUCUUAAGAAAGAAAUGGCUCACAACAUGAAGGACUCAAAAGGAGGUGCUGACAAGGAUCUGGAAGGAGUAAAGGUUCACUGCAUGGGGGAGUCUGGAGAAGGUGCUGAAAAUAACCUGGAAGAAGCAAAGAAGUUACCUGCAGGGAACAGGACGGUCGGUCCAUCGAUAUCCUUUUCACUUUCUGAUAUCAAGAAAGAAUACAAGGAUGCUACCCUUCCUGCUCAUUGGAAGGUUUUUGAUACAGUUAUCUUCCGUGAGCAGGAAGAUGGCCUUCAUGCUUCAUCUAAGAUUGCUGCAUUUGAUUUUGAUGGAUGCCUUGCCAAGACCAGUGUGAGGAGGAUUGGUGCAGACCAGUGGUCUUUACAGCAUAAAUCAAUUCCAGAAAAAUUGCAAAGACUGUACAAUGAUGGUUACAAGCUGGUCAUAUUCACCAAUGAGUCAAACAUUGAGCGCCAUAAGAACAAGCGGCAGCAAGCUGUUGACUCCAAAGUUGGUCGCCUUGAUAACUUUAUUGAAUGUGUUAAGGCCCCUAUUCAGGUUUUCAUUGCUUGUGGUUUAGGGAAAGGAAAAGAUAUUCCAGAUGAUCCAUACCGCAAACCAAAUCCUGGAAUGUGGUGGUUGAUGGCUCAGCAUUUCAAUUCUGGAAUCGAAAUUGACAUGGAUCAAUCUUUCUAUGUCGGUGAUGCUGCUGGGAGAGAGAAGGAUCAUAGUGAUGCAGAUAUAAAAUUUGCUAAGGCCAUCGGUCUCAAGUUCCAUGUUCCCGAGGAAUACUUCCCGUGACCAGCUUCAUUAGACGUCUAGUAAGAUGGUUUCACUAUGUCGUUUAGUGUUUGGAUUUGGAUGUUAUCAAUAUUGUGGCUAUUCUGCUAUGGUGAUCUACAUGUCUGUUUAAACCGUCAAAUAAUAUCCUAGUUAUUCUGAUGUGGAAUUGUAGCGCCAAGUUGCUGACACAAUUGAGAAAACUCAACUCUCUAUAACGUAGAGGUGUUAAGGCAAUCAGUUACUAAUCUAAUUCAGUGUUACGAGGAUCAGCCAUAGUGGUGAUAAUACGAUCAUGCUUAGAUAGAUCGGUGGAUCAAUCCGUCUAUUAGUCACGAGUCAAUUCUAGUGUCCCCUGUAGCAAGUGCCCAUGGUGUGAGCACAGUAGGCUGGAUAGGCCUGUAACAGUGCGCAACACGUCCAAGUGUGCUUCACAUCAAUCGAUGUAUAUUGAAGUGGAUUGAGAUAAAAAAUAGUUAAUUUUUUUUA